AUGCUUUCCGUCCGAUUCAUCCUUUCAUCGCUGCUACUUUUAGCACCAGCAGUCAAGGUGUCGCUGGCAGCGCCCUCCCCAUCUGGCCCAGCACAAUGCAUCACCUUUGACGCCAACUGGAACCUCCUCGCCUUCAACUUUGACGGCAAAGACUACAAUGCCGGUCCAGGACCCUCCUUCUCUGAGUCCACCGACAUUACCCAACCCGAAAACCGACCACCCUUCGACGUCAUAUCCUCGUCUCCCCUCUGCUUCCUCUCCAAAUUCACAAACUCGAUUUACGUCCUCAACGCGGACGCCAACGACCGCUCCUCCGUCUACAUCUACGACGCCACCGCGCAAUCGUGGUCAAAGCAAGUCACGUCUGACCCACCCGCGUCGUACGCCCCUGAGACUUUUGGUGCCAUCUUGGACCAUGAUACGAAUGUGUUCUAUGUCUUGAGUGAGGGCGAUAUCAGGAGUCUGAACAUGGAGUUGCUGAAGAGCGCCACGGACGAGGCUAUCCCCUGGAACCUCGUUCAGACGCCACAGCUGACCCCGGGCGGCGAGGGAAGCAGUGAAGGCCAGUCGUACGAACCCGUCCUCGCUCUCGCACGGAACCACGUCCACUUCCUCGGUGUACCCGGAUUGGAACCUGGAACAGACAGGAUCUUUGUCAUCCACUUCUCGUACCUCCAGCCUGAAAUCCAGUCAUACGGCGAAAUCCAGUUCCCCAACACUCACGGCAAGACCGCCUCGUUCUUCAAGGAUACAGGCGUCCAGACCCACUAUGCGUUCAUUCCCGAUGAUGGAAGCAACACCUACGUGAUUGAUUACAACACGAACACCACGAUGCGUCUUCCCGGUCCUCCACUCACCGACCCCUACGCAAUGUACGCCGCCUCGCCCAACGCACUCGUUCAACUCGGCUCCUCGCAAGGCACACUCCAAUGGCUCAGCUUCGACCAAGACACAAACCAAGGAGGAUCCGAAUGGACCCCCAUCACCUCCCUCCCCCAAGUCACCGGUAUCACCUCCACGCCUUCCACUGGAAACAGAACAGCCUCUGGCAACUCGACUAACAGUGGUAACGGAACCAGUGGCGCGGGCGAGGAAGGAGAAGAGGGUGGUGCACCUGCCCCUGCGUAUACCAAACCUCUCUUGCUAGUCGCUUCGUUGUUCAGCCUUGCACUCGGCGCCUUCGCUCUCUGA